GCUUCAGAAUCCGACCGAUAAAUCCUACAUCUUAGCUGCUCACUUGCUCUCCUAGGUAGUAAGGUUGCCGGCUGCGGCGGACGAGAAUGGCCGGAGAAGACAGGCGCGCCGCCCGCGUCGCGCUGUUCCCGCUGCCGUUCCAGGGCCACAUGAGCCCGAUGCUGCAGCUCGCCGGCGCGCUCCACGCGCGGGGGCUCGCCGUCACCGUCCUCCACACGGCCUUCAACGCCCCGGACCCCGCGCGCCGCCACCCGGGGUUCUCCUUCGUCGCCGUGCCCGACGCCAUCUCGGACGCGGUCGCCGCGACCGAGGGCGGCGGCGGCUUGGACAGGGUCCUCGCCAUGAACGCCGCGGUGGAGGCGCCGGCGCUGGCCGAGGGCGUCCGCGCCGUGCUCGCGUCGAUGCUGAGGUCGGGGGAGCCCCGGUUGGCGUGCCUGGUCAUCGACGCCACGCUCACCGCCGUGCAGAAGGCGGCGGCCGGACUCGGGCUGCCGACGCUCGUGCUGCACACCGGCAGCGCCGCCUGCUUCCGGCUGUUCAGGUCCUACGACAUGCUCUACGACAAGGGCUACUUGCCAGCGCAAGAGUCCAACCUACUCCUGCCCGUGAAGGAGCUGCCACCACUGCAAGUGCGGGACCUGUUUGACCCCAGCAAACUCCCCAACAAAGAAAUCUUGAUGAAGAUCUUGAAUCUGGCCAACGAGACCACGGCAAGUUCUUCCGGCGCCAUAAUCAACACAUUCGAAGCUCUCGAACCCCAUGAGCUCAAGAUGAUCCGGGACGAGCUCGCUGACAAGGGCAUCCCGGUUUUCGCCAUUGGUCCGCUCCACAAGCUUUCCCCAGCCGACAGCGCCGCCGCGGCUAGCAUCCUCAACCAGGAUCGCAGUUGCAUCGAGUGGCUAGACACGCAAGCUCCACGCUCCGUGCUGUACGUGAGCUUCGGCAGCGUGGUUCAUGUCACUCGACACGAGCUCGCAGAGGUCGCAUGGGGCCUAGCGAGCAGCGGGAAGCCGUUUCUAUGGGUGGUUCGAGGUGACCUUGUUCUUGGGGUGGAGAAGCCAUCGGAGCUGCUGCCGGAGGGGUUCGAGAACGCGGUGAAGGGUAGGGGCAAGGUGGUCGAGUGGGCCCCACAGCAGGAGGUGCUGGCCCACCCUGCCGUCGGCGGCUUCUGGACCCACAGUGGGUGGAACUCGACGCUAGAGAGCGUCUACGAGGGGGUGCCGGUGCUAUCGACGCCUCGCUUUGGAGACCAGCUAGCGACCGGAAGGUACGUUGGGGAUGCGUGGGAGAUAGGGGUUUUGCUGGAGGGUGCGCUGGAACGGGAGAAGAUUCAGAGGGCGAUCGCCACGCUGAUGGAGGAGAAGGAAGGGAUGGGGAUAAGAGAAAGGGCAAGGAGUUUGAAGGAGAAAGCGCGGAUGUGCCUCGAGAGCGGUGGGCCUUCUCAUCAGGCCGUUGAUAUGUUGGUUAAUCACAUAUAUAGUCUCUCUUUGGGUUCCUCCUUAUUAGUUCCUUUGUAGCUGUGGAGUAUAUAUGACACAGAGCAUUCAU